GCGUGAAAAAAUAAAAGAGAGCAGGAAAAAGAAGCAAACGGAAAGCAGACUCCCGCGCCACGAGUGAGCGAGACCGUUGAUCUCCUCCACCGAUGGCAUAUGUUACUGCCCCCAAACAAAAAAUGGCGGCUUCCUCUCUCCUCCCCACACCCCUCUCACUCUCGCUCUAGAAAGUCGAAAUCGCAGCAGAUCGGUUUAAUUUUUCUUCUUCUGCACCGCCAAUGCCUCCCGCCAGAAUCACGCUACUCGCGUUCUUCGCGCUGUUGCUGUGUUGCAGUCUUUCUCCGGCGGCUCCGUCGUCGUCCGGCGAUGUCGGCAGCGGGGCCAGGCGGGUGCUGCACCAGCCAUUGUUCCCCAUCGAAUGGACUCCGCCGCCGUCUCCGCCGCCUCCGCCCGCACCGGACUUCACUGCCGAGCCGGCGACGCCGGACGGCCCUCCCGGCGACUUCUUCCCUCCGGCGCCACAGACGGUUUCAGCCGGCGGUGGAGGUACCACGUCCUCGCCGACCACCGUCGCCGCCAACGUACCGAACGCCCAGUCCGGUUCCGGUGAUGGCGGCAACCGCGGCGGUCCUGCGAAGGUGACCAUCGUCGCGGCGGCGGCGGCCGCGGCCGCCGCGGUAGCGCUGUUGGGCUUCGCGUGCGCGUUCCUCAUCACCGGCCGCGCGCGCCGACGCGGAGACUCGCAGAAGCUGCUUGGCCCCGACCGCGGGCCGGCGCGCCACCACGCCGCCCCCUCCGCCGCCGACUUCCUUUACGUCGGCACGGUGGAGCCCACCACGCCCGGUCGCCACCACGGGCCCACCACCGCAGAUCUCGUCGGGUCCCCGUACCGCAAGCUGCGCAACGAGCGCGUGCGGCGCGGGGUGAGCCGCGACGAGGCCACCGAGCACCCAAGCCCGGAGCUCCGGCCGCUCCCACCGCUGCGGCGCGCGGCCACGCUGGGCUCCUCCGACGAGGAUGCGUACUACACGCCGCAGCAGCGCUCGGGGGGCUCCGGCGGCGGCGGGGCUGGCGGCGAAGCGUGGAGCGAGGCGAGCGCGUCCAGCCCUCCCACCAUCACCACCGCCUCGCGCAGCAGCCUCCCCAGCCUCACCAGCGACUGCUUUCCGCCUGUCGCGGCCAUCGCUGCGCCACCCCCGCCCCCUGCGCGCUCCCGCUGCACGCCCCCGCGCACGCGCUUCUCCACCGGCUCGACCCCGGAAAUCAAACAGGUGAUCUCGCCGUCCCCGCGACCGGUGCAACCCUCCAACCCAGCACCGCCGCCGCCGCCUCCUCCUCCUCCUCCUCCACCACCACCACCACCACCGAAGUCCAACACCGCUCCAAAACCUCCUCCACCACCACCGCCAACGAGGCCGCCGACUAAUACCAUCCCAAAGCCUACGGGACCGCCGUCCGGGCCGACGUCGCGUCGCCGGUUGCUCAAGCCAUUGCCUCCGGAAGGGCCCCGUAUUGCCAUGCCGAUGCCGAUCACGGCGGCAACGACAGUGGACAGAAACGGGAGCGCGUCAAUGCGUUCAGGGGACGACACGGCGGAAGGUCAUGUCGGCAACGGCGAGCCGCGGCCGAAGCUGAAGCCGCUGCACUGGGACAAGGUGCGGGCGACCUCCGACCGCGCCAUGGUCUGGGACCAGCUGAAGUCAAGCUCAUUCCAGCUGGAUGAGGGCAUGAUCGAAGCCUUGUUCAUGAACAACUCGACGCCGGCCGCGCCGCCCAGGGACUCCGGGAGGAAGGCCGCGGUGCCGCAUUUCCGGCAGGAGGAGAGGGUGCUGGACCCCAAGAAAGCUCAGAACAUCGCCAUCCUGCUCCGCGCGUUGAAUGUUACGCGUGAGGAGGUCUCCGAUGCACUGUUGGAUGGCAACGCUGAAUGCUUGGGGACCGAACUUUUGGAAACUUUAGUCAAGAUGGCUCCUACAAAAGAGGAAGAACUCAAACUACGAGAUUAUAAUGGUGACUUAUCCAAGCUUGGUUCUGCAGAGCUCUUUCUCAAAGCUGUGCUUGAUAUACCUUUUGCCUUCAAAAGAGUUGAUGCCAUGCUGUACCGAACCAAUUUCGAGACUGAAAUAAAUUACCUAAGGAAAUCUUUUGAAACACUAGAGGCAGCUUGUGAGGACCUUCGAGGCAGUAGGUUGUUCCUAAAACUCCUCGAAGCAGUGCUGAGAACCGGGAACCGGUUGAAUGUUGGCACAAACCGGGGUGAGGCAAAAGCCUUCAAGCUUGACACUCUCCUAAAACUAGCAGAUGUCAAGGGCACUGAUGGUAAAACAACGCUGUUGCAUUUUGUUGUCCAAGAAAUCAUUCGAUCAGAAGAUGCGAAAUCAGAAAAAGAAAGUGCCAUGAUUAUUCAUAGUUCUAAAGACGAGCAGUUACGGAAGCAAGGCCUGAAACUUGUGUCCGGGCUCAGCAGCGAGUUAGGAAAUGUCAAGAAAGCGGCUAUGAUGGACUUCGACGUGUUGCAUGGCUAUGUCAAUAAGAUAGAAACAGGUCUUGAAAAGAUAAAGUCGGUCUUGCAGAUCGAGAGGCAAUGCACACAAGACCAGAAAUUCUUUACGACGAUGCAGAGUUUUCUGAAGGAAGCUGAGAAGGAGAUAGAGCAAGUCAGAGGCGAGGAGAAGAGGGCAUUGGUGAGAGUAAAAGACAUCACCGAGUAUUUCCAUGACGACACCUCAAAAGAGGAAGCGCACCCUCUUAGGAUAUUCACGGUGGUGAGGGACUUCCUCUCGACGUUGGAUCAUGUCUGCAAGGAGGUUGACCGGAUGCAGCAGGACAGGACUGUCGUUGGCUCGGCCAGAUCAUUCCGCAUCUCGGCUACAACCUCAUUGCCAGUUCUAAGUCUGUAUGGACAACGGAGGGAGAACAACUCUGACGAUGAUAGUUCAUCGUCAUAGAACAGGGAGAUUGAGGAACAAAGCCACAAACUGAAUUUUGGAACGAACAUAGCACAUCAACGUCGUCAGGGUUAAGCAGCUGCGUAACAGAAGCUGCAAAUAUUGGAUGACAAUGACAAUGAGUCACACAUUUGAUCUUGAGAAGACAAGGUUAGGAGAGAUCGGGGUUUAUACGUUUGGAUCAUGUAGAAAAAUUUUGUACAAAAGAAAAAUAAUUAUAAUAGGUUGUUUCUCCACCUCUACCCGUUGGGUAAUUUGCAGAAACUGAGGCCUAGAAAGCUGCUCGCUUUCAGUAGUACCUUGCAGCUUGUGGGUAUAUGACUAUUCUUAUGUAAUUAUGCUCAUCUUGCGGUGGAAUACUAAUAUAACAUGGAAACAAGUUAUCAGAGGGUAA